GUUGGUGCUCUAUCCACUGCGCCAUGCUGCUUCUCUGACGGGGCUGAGGGUUCAGAAGGCCCAAGGAGCCAUGGUGCCUGCACCGAGGUGGAAGCAACUGACGAAGCCACUGCUGUUCCUGUCCUGUGCGACCCUGCUCGUGGGUUUUACGCUGCUUAGCCUAGAGCAGGACGUAACCUUCCUGGGCUUCAUCUUCCUCAUCGCCGGAGGCCUCCUCUUCCUCUCCUUCUUGCUGGCAUGCUUCGGGGACUGGUGGCAGAGGCAGCAGCACCCACUGAUGCCUUCGCCCUCUGCCCAAGAAACUGGACGGGACAAUGCAGCCUUCGAGGUGCCAACAUACGAAGAGGCCAUGGAAUCAGGGGCUCCGGCCCCUCCGAACUCACCAGCCCCGGGGGAUCCUCCUGCUUACAGCACACUGACCCAGGCGGAGAUCAAGGGAGGAGGGCCGGUGAGAACUAUGGGGUGGCCGAAAGGGCUCGGGAGCAUCAGACGGAUGGGAUCUGAGGGCAGUAGCCUAGCCCUGCCCAGGCCGGGCACCGGCCUCCAGCCACGCGGUCAGAGGGCUGUGUCCGAUGACUCGGCCCUGAGGGGGCCACAGGGGCUCCCCUGGCCAGAGCCCCUGACCCCACCACCUGCCUACAUUGAGAUCGACGACGAGGGUGAAGACAGCGUUUUUUACGAAGACGCCUGGUCCCCCACCUAGACCCCCCAGCCCUGCAGAACCAAAGCCACGCCGGGGAUCCUCCCCGGGGGGACACAAGGGCCGUUCCAGGUGAAGGGCAGAGACAAGCCCAUCGAUGAGCCAGUCAGACAUCCUCUGUCAGCCAUCGCAGACCGGCACGGAGGGAAAGCGGGCCCCGGUCCCUGCCAGCGGGAAGCUCACGGGGCGGACACGUGUGAAGGAAGGUUGGAAGCCGGACAGCUGUGACACUUGGUGGUUUUUCUCAGCAAUUUAUGUCCUUGCCUCCUGACCCCUCCACUGUGGACCCUGGGAGACCCCAGGAAUUUCAAGCCUUUCCUUCCGGUACCCAGAAUAGAAGGAUGGUAGGCUAACCCCACCGAGAGGUCAGGCAACCAUUGAGGUCACCCAGGGGAAUGUCACAGUCCCCAGUACUAGGGGGCUAGAAAUACCAGGGGGUGAGCACCCUGAGAGGAGAAUAGCCCCAUACCCUCUGCAAACAGAUACUGCCCUCCUGGGGCUUAUGACACAAAAAUACUAAGGGGGUGGUCACCUUGAGAGGAAAAUAGCCCCCAUCCCAUAGCAACAUUCAUUCAAAUGUAUUUAU